AUGGAGGAUGAAAUUGAUGAAUGUAUUAGGAAACGAAUACAGUGGUCGCAGUUACCGGCAAAUGUUAAAAAGCUAUUGGGUGAUUCUCCUAAGGAAUAUGAGAGAUACAUUGUUGAGUUUAGUAUAAAAAAUCAGCUGCGGUAUCGGGGUAGUCUUGUGCGUACAGUUCGCAAAGAUGAGAGGAAAUAUUAUGAGGCUCUUAUACAGAGUAGCAUACAGAAGCUUAUGCUCUACCCCUAUCACUUAGCAGACAUGAUUGUGAAAGGUUUAAGGAUUACACCAUUUAUAUACUAUGUGGAAGUUGUCGCCUUGCUCAUUGAAAUGGAGAAGAGUUAUGAUACGAUGCCUAAUUUCACAGCUGCUGACUGUCUACGCCUCCUUGGAAUUGGGCGCAAUGAGUAUUUGGAGUUGGUGGCGAAAGCCAGGUCGUUAGGCAGACGUGGACGUUCCAGAGCAAUACGGGCUUUGCUGCCCCGAGUGCCUACCAACAUACCCAUGCUGCCUUGGUGGCGGGUUGAAUUGGGUUACGUACUCGAGGACGACGUCAAGCCUUUAAGUGAGAGCGAAAAGGCGUUAAUCGAUCUGCUAAUUGACCGUGGUUCGCAAACAGCCGGCACAUUAGACUACAAUGUGGUCAAAACUCUGUACAGACGCGGCCUGAUAUACCUGGACGUGCCGAUCACGUCCGCCGACAAGGUGUCGGUGCCGCCGCUGAGGGGCUUCGUGAUGAACCGCAUCGCGGGCGACUACUUCGAGACGCUGCUGUACAAGGUCUUCGUGUCGGUGGACGAGCACACCAGCGUGGCCGAGCUGGCGGCUGUGCUUCAGGUGGAUUGCGAGCUGGUGAAGCAGGCGGUAUCCCUGUACUGCAGGCUGGGCUUCGCCAACAACCUGAACCCGCAGCCAGUGUCCCCGCAGCACCCGUCGUGGAGGGAUGCCGUCACCACCCAUAGACAUCAACCGUACAGGCAAAUAGCGCCACUAACGUAUGACCCCAAUGCGGAAGAAGACACGUUACAAAUGGAACCGAUUCUGAUCAAAGAUGCGCCGUCCACAUCAAAACAAAACUCUCAAGAUGUAUCCGAGUCAGCGACGAAUGGAAGUGGUCAGAGAGUGGCCGUACUAUUCGAUUCAACACUCGCCGCUUAUCUGAUGAUGGGGAAUUUGUCACCGGAUUUAAAAAGCCACGCAGUAACGCUGUUCGAAGUUGGUAAACUGUGCGACGAGAGUUUGGACAGUCUGCUCAUGGAAUUGGACAAGGUCGCGGCCGAUCCGGAAAUAGAGGGUGAGGCGCGUCGCUACUUGGCUGCGGCGGCGUGCCUCCGAAUAGCGCUUCGGACCCUCAGGCCGAGCCUUCGCCCCCUGGACCUACUGCGCUGCGAAGCCCUACACGCGCUGGGGGCUGCGGCGAGGGCGCGUCUGCUCGCGACUAAAUACAGACUGGCGAUCUCCACGGCGCCGCUGUCCCGGGAGGCGCGCGCGGGCGCGGCGGCCGGCGUGCUGCCGCACGUGGGGCCCGCGCCCCCCGAGGCGGCCUCGCCCUGGAUGCGCCUCUACCUGUACCACGUGGCCGGCUACGGCCCCCCCACGCUGCUGCUCACCAAAGGUACAGUGCUCCGCGGGGUGCCGCGGCCGCUGCUGGGCUACGCGCGGCUGGCGGUGUCGUGGUGGGGCGCGGAGGGCGAGGCGGGCGCGCUGCCCGCGGCGGCCGCGCUCUCCGCCGCCAACUCGGCGCUGCGCAGGGCGCCGGUGCUGCUGCAGGCGGCCGCCGUGCGGAGCCACCAGCCGGUGCGACACCUGCCCUUCCCGCCGCGGAACGGCGCCGACGCCGAGUGCGACAGCCUGUGGCGGACGCACGCUGGGCUGCGUCGGUUGGCCCGCCGCCUGCGGCUGUCGCGCGGCGCGGGCUACGUGGCGCUGGCGGACAUCGGCGUGCCGGACCUCGGCUGCGCGCGCCCGCCGCCCGCCGUUCAGCUCGUGCCGCAGCGUAAGAAAAAGGAGAUUUGCGGCAUGGCCAAGCCUCUAAGCGAGGUGUCGCUGUCGUCCAACGAGUCGGUAGAGAGAUCUACGGAAUAUCCGAAACCCAUCAACAGCAGACUGCAGUCGCCGAUAGAGUCGCACUUCGCGGUCACACCGACCGCCGAUAGCAAGACCGGUUCGCCCGCCAACGGCUUCACGAGCGUCGAGGGCGGGAAACUGCUCUGCGAGGAACUCGACAGCCUGAACGUCGACGAGAACUCGGUACACCGGAGCAAAGAGUCCAUCUCGACCAGCGACGACUUCGUUCCGAUCCAUUCGGAUUCCGCCAGCGUCGAGGAGCUCAAGAAGCACUGCAAGGAGAGGUCGACCAGUAAGGAGUCGAUCUCGUUCUGCGACGACCUGGUCCCGAUACACUCCUCGUCCGCCAGCGUCGAGAACUUGAAGCUCGACUCGAGGAUGGCGGACGAAAAGUCGUCGAACCAGUUGGGCGACCUGCUGAGCCCCGCCGAGGAGUCGAUAUCGAUGUUCACCCAACUGUCUGACAAACUGACCGAGAUCACCGAAGACAGCGGCGUGGAUACCGCACACAACUUCUCCGACGACGAGACUUGCAAACCGGAGAAAUGGACCAUUCUGGAUCUGCAGUUCGGCAUUCCGUUGUUUGAUGAGGCUCUAUGUGAAAAAGUAUGUCAAAGUAUUGUUGACAAAAUAGCGAAACCAGAAAUCCUAGAAAAAAUUAAAGAGGAUAACGAGUUUAUCCGGUCCGAUGUUCUCAAAUUCGUGUCACAGUGUCAGUAUUAUCCUGGCGAAGAUAUGGGGAUAGUGAAGCGCGGUUCUUUAAUCCCUUUACCGAGGAAGAACUUAGUCUUUGAGAAUGGAAAGAUUAGCGAGUGGAACGGGAAG